AUGAAGAGUUUACAAGGAUAUUUGUUAAUCUCAUUGGUGCUUGCCGUAUUCUCCGAGGAUGAGGCUAAUUUUGAGGCCGCUGAAACCACAACUGAAGUUGUUGUGUUGAGUCAAAAACAGAAAUGUUAUCAAAUCUUCGAAAAACUGAAGGAAAAUCCGUUGCCUGAAGACGAUUUGGAGCGUCAUUCUUUGAUCCAAAAGACAAUCGAUGAGAAUGAAAAUGAGGUAAAAGAAUUUUUUUAGGAUCCUUUGAGUGAUUUUUCGGGAUUUUUGGAUAACUUUUGGAUACUUUUUGAUACUUUAUAACUUUUUUAUGAAUUUUCUGUAACUUGGCACUUAUCAAAAAAAUUUUUUUCUAGGUUAAAUACAUAAACCUUCGAGAUUUUCAAGUCGAAAAGAUAAAAAAUCCCAAAUUUUUUUUUUUUUUUUUAUCGCAGAAAGGUCGAGACUUAUGACAAAUGCUAUGCAAAGCAUUUUUACAAAAAAAAACUAUUUUUUGUCAACCAAAAUCCGCAAAGAUAAGGUCCAAAAAGGUUUUAUUUGUCUGACUGACUCUCCUCAUUCUAUGUGCUCUCUCGCCAUAAAAGAUCGUUGAAUACCGCGGCUGUCAAAGUAAAGGAAGAUCUAAAAUUGUCAGGUAUUACUGUGUAACCUAUUCAGAACACAUAUAGAAAAUUUCAGACAAUUCUAACCUGAGAUUACUUCUGUAAAAAUUUAUAUUACACUUGACAUCAUUAGUCGCAAAAUUGAUGAAAAUUGGUUUAAAACUUUCAAGUUGACGUAUUCCUAAGUGAAAUAAUACCUUCCAGGUCAAUCGCUUUGAUCGACUCUGCAAAAAAGCCAUUAACGAACAGCUUAUGGACCAAUUCGAGUCAUCUUCUUCCUUCUCCGUGAUCGAAUGGGUCUGCGAUCCCUGUCCAGAUCGACUUCCAGAAGAGGUCCUGCCCGAGAAGAAGACUCUUCUCCGCUAUAUUGGCCUUUGA